GAGGGGCAAAUUGUAGAAGAGGUGAGAAAUUACAUAUUUUUUUUAUUUGUGUAUUUUUUCUGAAAUUGUCUGUCUCUAUUUUUUAUGGCACGAAUUUAUUAUUACGUGUCUUUUUUUUCUUAUUCUGCAAAUAUGUAUUUUCAAUUAGUUUGUCCACAAAAACAAUUAUGUGGCCAUAAAACUGGUGUGGUUUUAUUAGUUCUAAAAAAGACGUAAGCUUGACUGUAGGUGAUAUUUCCUUAUUAGGAAACGUAGAUUGCGUAAUGUUGUCUGACGUCAGAGCAGUCACAAGACCUGGCUAGCAGAGCAGAAUGUGUGCGAAGCUUGAGAGCAGCUGGUCCGCAUUUUGUGUUAAGUAGUGUCUCAGAGGCAGAACUGGCAGCAUGGCCACGGAGAACCAACACUUAGGGGUCUUCUGGAGCGGACGAGGUGACUGUUGUCUGUGAAUUUCUCUCAGUUCUCACGGCGCAGGAUUAAAGCUCCUCGAGGCUGUACUUAUUAUAUCAGCAGAAGGCAUUGUCUAUGCGUGCGUGGCGGCUGUUGUUGUCGGCAGCAGUGUCUGGCUAGCUCAGCCGCACAUCUUCAGCCUGGUUAGCAAGUUAGCAAGCCAACAUUGUGUGCUUACAUCGACGCUAAGCUAGCAGGGGUUGCUAGCUUGGCCGGUUCGUGCGGUGGGAGCUGGUGUGCAGGUGAUGUUGUCCGUGCUGUCGUACGGUAGACUGGUUGCCAGAGCUGUCAUCGGCGGACUUUCUCAGACAGACAGCCGCGACUACAGCCUGGUGACAGCGAGCUGCGGCUUCGGCAAGGAUUUCCGUAAAGGCAUCCUGAAGAAAGGGAUGUGCUAUGGGGACGACGCGUGCUUCAUAGCCCGACACAGGUCCGCCGAUGUUUUGGGUGUGGCAGAUGGAGUAGGCGGCUGGCGAGACUAUGGCGUGGACCCAUCACAGUUUUCAGGUACGCUGAUGAGGACAUGUGAGAGGCUGGUGAAGGAAGGACGCUUUGUUCCCAGCAACCCUGUGGGAGUCCUGACGACCAGCUACUAUGAGCUGCUGCAGAACAAAGUGCCACUGCUGGGUAGUAGCACGGCCUGCAUUGUGGUUUUGGACAGGCAGAGUCACAGGUUGCACACAGCUAACUUGGGAGACUCCGGCUUCCUGGUGGUGCGGGGAGGAGAGGUGGUCCACCGCUCAGAUGAGCAGCAGCAUUACUUCAACACGCCCUUCCAGCUGUCCAUCGCUCCCCCAGGGGCUGAGGGGGCCGUCCUCAGUGACAGCCCUGACGCUGCAGACAGCUCUUCCUUCGAUGUCCAGCUGGGUGACAUCAUCCUCACCGCCACCGAUGGGCUCUUCGACAACAUGCCUGACUACAUGAUCCUGCAGGAGCUCAAAAAGCUCAAGAACGCAAAUUAUGAGAGCAUCCAGCAGACCGCCCGGAGCAUUGCAGAGCAGGCCCAUGUACUGGCAUAUGACCCCAACUACAUGUCGCCUUUUGCACAGUUUGCCUGUGACAAUGGACUGAACGUAAGAGGAGGAAAGCCAGAUGACAUUACAGUGCUGCUGUCUAUAGUGGCAGAGUACACAGACUAGAGUCUGUGUGAAGCUGUGACACGGGGGCAUCUGCCUCUGCAGGUGAUGGACUUCUUUGAUUCCUGCUGGUCAGGAUGAAGGACUAAUGUCAGAUGCUUCCCACAACAUCCACUGGUUCUACUCUGCCUCAACCCACAGCUGACCAUCACCCCUUCUCCCCCGAAAAGAACUCGUACGUGCCCACCUCUCUGUGAUCGUGUACGAGAGUGUUGCUGAAUAGAGAGGACCAGAGGCCUGAUACAUCCUCUUGGCCGGGCUGCAGUGUUGGCAUCUUUGCAGUGUCCCAGUGCUCAGUGGAUAAUCCCAUUGGCCAGGAUAAGCAGUCAUUGGGCAUGUUGGAGAUGAGGAUCCUGUCUGACGAGGAUAAGUCGUCUUUCUCUGAUGGGUGGUUCGGGCGGGGAGGAAGUUUAAGAGAUGGGGGCAGAUGUAGCCAGACAGUAGGUGUUAAGUCUGUUAAAAUGGCCCCGUGCUGGGCCACUGAAGGGAAAGAUACAGUCCACCAGUAGUGUCAAGAAGGGAAGUGCACGGGAAAUGGCAGCAUGAGGGCUUAAUAAAUGGGUUGCCUUGUGCAAGCAGAUGUUUGUCAAAGGGCCUGAAAUCUUUUAUGUGGCUGCAGGGAGCAUAUGUUAGAUAGUACGAUAGGACUGGUGUGCUGUUCUGGGCUUUUUUGUUAAAUGUUUGCAGAAAAGUAGUGUAUGUGACAUUUGAACACCUGUGGUUAGUUUCUUGGGGCAGGUUGAUCCAAUAUGAUUUCAUGAAGGAGAAUGGCAGCUGCCUUUUCCAUACUAGUGCAAUUCAUGUCUUGCACACUCUUUGUUACUUCAUGGGAAGAGUACUUUUUAGUUUAAAAGCCUCUCCAGAGAUAUAUUGUGUCAAACUGAUGCCCUCCCUUUAAUCUCACAGCUGCUGCUGCUGCUAAAGUCUUGAGUGUGAUUAUAUGUGAUGUGUGUAUGAAUGUGUGUUUGGUUGAUGAAUGCACUCAUGUGCUUGUCAGUGUGUCUAUUGAUACAUGUAGUUAGUGUGUAUGAAAUGGAUGUGAAGGCUACAGACUUCUCCAUAUCCACUGGGCUGAAUUGGUCUUACAGCCUUAAACGCACAAGCUUAAGAAGCAUAUCUGAAAAAGCUCGACACAGUGGAAGUUGGUCAGGUGACCAAAAGUAUUUUUGUAACUUCUUUGUUCAGUGGGAUUGUUGAAUUCUUUGGGCUGAUCACCACAUCAGAGUAGCUUUAGAACCUGUUGUUCACAAUCAGCAUUUCCUUUUCUUCUCUCUCCCCUCUGCUGUAGAGCUCCAAUGGCACAUUCAUAAGUCAGGUCACUGCAGGUUUCAAGUGAAAAAUGGUGAUUAUAUUUCCAUCACGUCACUACAGAUUUGCAAUCUACAUUUACUGCAACUUUUACCCACAGUUAAAACUAUGUCUUUGUAAAAUCCAUAUUUAUUGUAAUGUUACGAUGAUGUGCCUUGUAUCAGGUGUUGUUGAUACUGGCAGAAAUGUCCAUAAUUCCUUAAAUGCCCGACUAUGCGCUAGGUACAGAGCACAAAGUCUGAAACUGUUAAGUAGCCAAAAUGGCUUUCCCAUUAUACCCUGCUGUCUUAACGCUAGGUCUUCUAAACUACAGCAUGUUCAACCUUUUUUCUCCUGAAAUCUGCUUCUGUGCACUCGGUCAGGAGCUUAGGAAUAGUGAUAAAGCCAUCCCAUGCUUAGAGAAGAUCACUGUUUACAAUCUGCACUGUCUAAUGGACUGUUUCCCAACUUAAUCUGACAAAUUCACACUGGAAGACUGCAGUGUCAGGUGUCAUUUUGAAAUGGGGCUGAUGGGCAUGGAAGAGCAGAUUUAGGCAGAGAGAGCAGUGAAUGGUCAAAAUGUGAGUUCUGUGUAUUAUAGCACUGAGGACAAUCUAAGCAGCCUUAACAAUAUUACAAAGUAGUUCUCCCAGUCAGAUGGUACAACCACUGUUAGCUUUGUGGUUUACUGCUUCCUGACUCACACCUGCCCUGACACUCUUCUCUCGUCUCCCAUCGACUUCAUCUUCCUCUACUUUGUUACAACCACAGCAUGUAAGCUCUGUGAAGAAACAUUUUCAAAUCUGUACAAUAUAAAAAUAAAGGGUAUAGUAUUUAUUA